GAGAGAGAGAGAGAGAGAGAGAGAGAGAGAGAGAGAGAGAGAGAGAGCCACAUUCCGAGCGGAUCACGGAUGCUUAUAGAAGCGUUGCGUAACGGCGUCAGACGAAUAACGAAAACGCGGCUCCGUUGAGCUCGUUGUCUAAUUUCGACAGUUUCGAGAGAAAACGCGAUCUAGCGCGCAAUUCCCGUCGGAUUUUCUCGGACUUGAGGGCGACAUCUUCUAAUGGUCAUCAUAGCUCCAGAGCUCUAGAGUGUCCUAUAGGCCGAAUGCUGGAUGCGUGAUUUUCGAGAACUUUUAGUGAGAUUUGACUUUCGUUGAUCUAUAAUCGCUGGCGGCUGCGAGACGACACGUGCGUGUGUAUGUGCGAGUGUGUGCGUAUGUAAGUGUGUAUGUGUGUGUGCGCGCGAGUAAGUGAGAAGGAGACCGAAACGGUAGUAGAACAAACGAGGUGAUGGGAGACGUUGAAACGUUUUGAGAUUGGCGGCGAUUUGAUAUGCGAUUGAGGAUGCGAACGAAAGAGAAUGGAUAAAAGUGCUCAAGAGAGUGUAUCAAUUCCAAAGCCGCGACUAUUCUUGCGUGUAAUCUCCCGGCACCGGAAGAGAGCGAGAAAGGUUUCGCGUUCGCGAUUGGGAGACGUAGAUUCGCGCUCGCAUGUUCGGUUCCUCGAAGUCGGACUAAAAUUAAACCCCGGCCCGGCGAGGCUCACUGAUUCUUUUCUCACGUCCGGCUUCUCUUUUGCGAGUUGCGUCGCGAUGACAGGCGAACCUUGAGAAAUUCGUGGGGCUUGAGGGUUCGCGGUCCAGGGAUUGACGCAUGGUUAUCGCGCCUCCGCGAUCUUCCGAGCUUAAUAGUAGAUUUCAGCAAACGUACAUGUUUGCGUCUCGUCACGUUUCUUUCAGCGACGUCGACGCAUAGAUACAUACGUGCCACUGUUACGACCAGUCGACGCUCCCCGGUAAAAUUCUACGGUGCUAUUGUAGAGAUCCGGUGAAGGCGGACGCGGAAAGGCAGCAGGGAGAAGAAUGGAACGAUAUCCGAAACCAGGCACGUGCAGACGUUGCUGACGAAGGACCAAGAGCACAAUCAAGACGACUGCGACAGCGAUCGUAGAAUCGAGACGAAGACGAAAAGGGAGGAAGGCGGGUUCAAGGAGAGACCAGAGAAAGGUGAUCGGGAAAUCGAAGUGCCUGCCUGAUAACCGCGAAAGAUGCAGCAACAAUCACACUCCGGUCAGCAGUCCGGGGCGCCGAAUGGAGUAGCGGGGGGCACCCAAUUGUCACAAACAGGUGGCAUAAGUCCGGCACAACCGGGCGCGACCGGUACCGCCACCGUGGCGUCGAAUCGUACGCAGGUUAACGGGGGCAGAUUCGACUUCGACGACGGCGGGACUUAUUGCGGGGGCUGGGAGGACGGAAAGGCCCACGGCCACGGCGUGUGCACCGGGCCCAAAGGCCAGGGCGCCUACUCCGGCAGCUGGCAUUUCGGCUUCGAAGUAUCCGGUGUUUACACAUGGCCUAGCGGGUCAGCUUACGAGGGACAAUGGCAAAAUGGCAAGAGGCAUGGCUUGGGCAUGGAGACCCGUGGCCGUUGGCUGUAUCGAGGAGAAUGGACUCAGGGAUUCAAGGGUCGUUAUGGAGUUCGACAAUCUACCACAUCCACGGCGAGAUACGAAGGCACAUGGUCCAGUGGUCUACAGGACGGUUAUGGCUCCGAGACUUACGCCGACAGCGGUACUUAUCAAGGUCAAUGGCUUCGCGGCAUGCGGCACGGAUAUGGAGUAAGGGCGAGCGCACCAUUCGGUUUGGCGAGUCACUACAAACCGCAGAAACAAAUAAGAGCAUCCUUGACAUCCUUGAGAAGUGCCGACGGUGGACCGGUGGUCGCCCCAACACCGGAACCCACCGAUAAAAGGGACCGUCGCGUAGACGAUAGUCGAGGAGGAUUUGUUCUAAAGGCUAGAAGUGACGAUCCACCCGCCCGAAGAAAGAGUCUUACCGAAAAGUCUUUGAAGAAGGGCAUUCUUUCAGGUCUCAAGAUACGAAAGCAAAGGAGUACGGGUGAUUUGGAGAAGCGUGGUACUGGUGGCAGUAUUAGAAGUAACGCCAGCUCCGCAUCGUGGAUGUCAACAGAGAGCUCGCAAAGUCAAGCUUCGGCAUCGGUUCACACCGACAGUAAUGCGUCCUUUGUCAUCGAGGACGAACAGAUGGACGCAUCAGUAACCGAGACGUAUCUGGGUGAAUGGAAGAACGACAAAAGAACCGGCUUCGGCAUAUCCGAAAGAAGCGACGGGCUGCGAUAUGAGGGCGAGUGGUUCAAUAAUCGCAAGUACGGUUACGGUGUUACGACAUUUCGCGACGGCAGUAAAGAAGAGGGAAAAUACAAAAACAAUUUGCUCAUCACUAGCCAGAAAAAGAAGCACCUUUUCUUAAUCAGAUCCGCCAAGUUUCGCGAAAGGAUAGAGGCGGCGGUAAGCGCCGCUCAGAGAGCAAGCAAGAUUGCCUUGCAGAAAGCUGACAUUGCCAUCUCCAGAACGGCGACGGCGCGAGGAAAAGCGGAAUUAGCCGAUAUUGCCGCCGAACACGCUAGGGAGGACUCGGAAUUGGCGCAACAAACGGCGAGACAAUUUGCGCCGGAUUUCCGACAACCGGGUUUAGAAAGAUUACGAAAUAGGGAGAUACCCAAGUACGUACCACCGCCUCAGGACUCUCUACCUGGUAAAAGUAUCCUGCAUAAAACGGCCAGUGUAGACCAACCCAGCGCCACACCGAUUAAAACUAUCGAUUCUACGUCGACGGCGAUAACGACGACUAUCACGACAACGACAACGGCGACGGCAAUACCGACUGCGGCGAGCACCACCGUUAGCAAUGUAAUGCAGUCAAUACGUAGGACUAGCGUAAAAUCGCUGCCGCAAAAUCAGCUGCCGCCAAUGCAAAAUCAAAUACCGAAUCAAGUGCCGCAUGUUUCACUGGUGAAUCAAUCGUCCAUGAACCAGCUAAGCGCGCAAACCUCUCUGACUGAUCCGAAUCCGUAUCAACAAUACUCGCAAAAUGUGUCGGCGAAUCCACCUUCGGCGAGUCAAUAUCCAAACAAUAUACCGAAUCAGUAUCAACCGAAUCAGUAUAGCCAGCAAAACCAAUUCCUCCACGGCAGUCCAUACCAGUCGCAGUAUCAUCCAACUAAUCCACUACAGGUUGAUCAAUACUCCGGUUAUCAGCAGCAACAACAAUUUAUCGGACAGCACAACUUUCAAAAUUUGCAGGCUUACCCUAAUCAGCAGACGUCAAUACCUUAUCAAUAUGGGCCUGGUCAGAUGAAUCAAUAUAAUCCGCAACCAAUAUACUCGCAACAACAAAUGUCCCAGCAAUAUCAACCUGAUGGUAUGGGGGAUGCAGCGAGACCGUCGAGCUCCACGAGCUUAAGAAGAAACAGUAGAGUUCUAAGUCCUCAAGAUCGACCUGGCACUAUUGGUCAAACGUUAAACGAUAGGCUGGAUCACUAUAAGAGGCCACCUAGUCGUGAUAGUUCUGUAGAUCGUUAUGCCAGAGCGCAUUCCAGGUUGACUGGAUCGAGACAGCCAUCCGUCGAUAAGACCAUAACUAAUCUACCUUCCGAUAUGCUCGAUAGAUCGACGAGAGCCCCGAGCGUGAUGCGAGCGGGUACACCUUUAAACGGUUCUGUAGUAGGCAGUGGCGCUGCGACGCCAACGUACGCAGCACCGACUCCUAGCCAAUUUGAGGGGGCUCUUAUAAAAAAUCGCAAUCUUGGACAAGACAUUUUGCCGAGUCCUGGACAGCCUAAACGCACCGAAAGCCUUUACGUGGCUCAGACUCGCGGAUCGUCCGGGAGCGGUGGUGGGAGCAUUGUGCCGAAGGAAGCAGGCCGGACUGUCCCCGCCUUCACCGCAACGUCAAAGGGCCGCGCAACCCUAUAAGUAUAAGUAUAAAAUAUGUAUCCACAGAAAAAAAUAACACACACUCAUACACCUACAUACAUACACAUACAAAACAAGGAGAAAGCUUCAGAGAGACUCGCUCACACGCCGCGAGUCAAAUCGGCUGAAAAUUGCAAUAUGAUUUCGGUCCGCCGUUUCCGCCCGAUACAACCCGAUCAGUAUUGAAUAAAUUCAGCAUCAAAAAAUUAGAGAAUUCCGACAAUUGACCUCCAUCUUGAGACAAUUUUGAAUACUCGCAUCUUCGAUGCGACCGCCUCGUUUUUUGGAGUCGAUAUUUUUCUAUAAAUUUACGAAUACUUCAUACAAUGUUGUCUUAAUUAACAAGCGUGUGAGCUUGUGGAGCUUAAAUGUAAUUAAAAUUCAAAUGAUUAAUUAUAUGCAGAGUUGUCGCAUGCACAAAUAUAUGCGCAGAAUCAACUUGUUUGUUUUUUGAUAAACUCGUUAUAUUUUCGCAUAAUUAAGUUGGCGUAAGACAGAUUUUUAGAAAGGGGCCUUAUAUGAAAAAAAUGGGAAAAUAAAUAUUCUCAUAACGAUCACGUUUUUCAUGCUACCAAAUUUUCACAACACUAUGAGAAACGGGAAAGUACUUGUACCUGUGUAAAUUGCUAUUAGCUCCUAACUUUGUCGCAAUGCCGAAUAAUAAAGACAUUCAUCGAUGAAAAACUUUGAUUAAAAUAAGCAUUCGAAACGAGCAACGAUGCAUAUAUGUAUUUGUGAAAGACAAAUUAUUUUUCUAUGGAAACAUUAUGAAUCUAAUAAUAUAAUAAGAUUCGUUGUCUACUCGUACAAAUAAUCUAUAGCUAUUGUCAGUUUGAUUAUCGAUAUUAAUCUUAAAACAAACUCGCACAAUUUCGUUUCAAUUUAAUGAUAGAAUGUAUCUACAUAUAAACGACAACAAUUCAAAUAUUUAUCGUUGCACAUUAAACUUAUUAAGUACCUAUUAUAUACGUACUUAGUAAGUACCUAUUAAGUUAACAUUAAAUUAAGUUUUAAAAUGCAAGAACACAAUACAUUACAGUAUUACACCGUUUAAUUUGCUACAACAAUUAUUAUUAUUAUUAUAAAGAGAGCGUGAAUUAAUUAAGAUUAAAUUGAUGAUCAAAAUAUAACCGAAAAAAGAGCUAUAUAAUAUAUUUAAAAAUUUUUGAGAUUCCUUAAAUUGCGUGUACUUUGUCUUAAUUGAAACAAGGAAUUAUAAAAAUUAUUAUUGAAAAAAAAUCAUUUUUUUGAAGUCUGUAAAUUUUGCAAAAUAUGUUUGAUGUAGAUUAACGAUAAUAAUAUUGCUUUAUUGAAUCUAUUCGAAAUACAAUUUAUAGUGCGCGUAUAACAUGUUUUAUUGUAACAUGCAUGAUUACCGACAGAUUAAUCAAUGAACAAUAUUAAUAUACAGGGUGUUUCAGAAGAAAUAGUCAGCAUUCUAGAUUGUAUAUACCAUUUUAAGGAAAAAAGUUUAUAUAAACAUGUGUUCUAUUCUGUGUCUUUACAACAAAUACAUUUAUAAACUUAAUAUAAACAAAUUCUUUGAAAAAUUACAUUAAAUUUUAAGCUUACAAUAAACUUGAACAACUAAUAAUAAUUAAUGAGCAAUAAUUUCAAUUAAUUAAUAAUAAUGUUGGCAUAAAUGAAUACAAGGUAUUUCAAUUAGCAGAAAUAAAAAAUUUCAAACUAACACAGGACUUGAAAAAUGUAGCCUAAUGUUUACAUUCGUAAUCAUGAUAACAGAAAAUAACAAAAAUUUAAUUGUUUUACAACAUUUGAUUCUACUAAGUUUAUAAAUGUAUUUGUUUUUAAGAUGGAACAUGUUGUAUCUUUCUAACUCUAUCUUUUAUAACUUUAUAAAUGUAUGUCAAAAUAGAACACAUGAUUAUAUAAGCUUUUUUGCUUAUAAUAAUAUGUAUGUAUAAUCAAGUUUUAGAAUGUUGACCAUUCUUCCUGAAACAUCCUGUGUAUAUAUAUAACAUUUUUCAACAAAAAGAAGCAGUUUAAUAUCUUUUGAUUUAUUUUUCUCGUUGGAUAGGUUGAAUUAUAAGUUAAAAAAUUAUAAAUUUGUACAAUGGAGUGAGAGAGAGAGAGAAAGAGAGUGGAGGAGGAUACAAAAGCAUAUACAACUAUUUACAAGCAUAAACGAAGGAUACAUAUAUAUCUUUCUGUAUGUACAAUAUAUGUACUAUAUGUAAAUAUGCGUAUAAAUAUUUACGCAGAUCUUAUAAAUUCGAACGACAUGUGCUAAAGUAACUAAAAAAGGAACUAUAUAGAAUCCCAUCUACAACUUUUCUACAUUGCAUACAAUUUUUGUUUUUUGCAAAUAUAACUCUGCAUUGAUUAAAUAUGCACAUGUGCCAACAUAUAUAUAUAUAUAUAUAUAUAUAUAUAUACGCAGAUUUAGCAAUAAGAUAAAGUCAGCGCACAAUGUCAUGUCCAUUGAAUUAAUUAACAAAGUUUAGAAGGUAAGCUUAACACGUGGCGUGGAGGCGGGGACCAUUUUUUUGCUUUUCGAUUUUACUUUAACUCUUUUUGACUAAAUGUUGAACCUCUUUCAACCCUUCUUUCGAACCUUAUCGCUAUCUGUCUACUUACCUAUUAUUUUUCCUGCAUUAUUUUUGUUUAGAUUAUUCAAUCGACCCUCUCGGGCUUAAUCUCUGUAUAUAUACAUAUUUUCAGAUAUUUAAUAUAAUUAUCUCUGUUUUUAGUUCCUAGUAAAAUACCAUCCAUGUUCAAAUCCUCAAUCUGAAUGGCUUAGCUGACUUAUUACAAAUUAUUAUUGCUACUAUAUAUAAACUAAUUAUUUAUAUUAU